CUGGUGGUAUCGACGGUGAGCGGCAGGAGAACCGUCCGAAGCGCCGGUGCAGGCGAAUUGAGCUCGAUAAUCGCGGCGUUUGGCGAGCAGGAUUCGGUUUGGGCGAGCGGACGGGACCGAUUCGCGACGAUGGGCAUGGGCAGGAUCCCGAGGAGAUCUUCCUGCUUCCUGUUGUAGUUGGUUGUUGGUUAGUUGGCGCGGAGCAGUCGGGGGAGGCGGCGGCGCGUCGAAUUAUCGACGUUGGUUUUUUUUUUGGGGGAAAAAGGUUUCUUCGAAAAGCGACCUUCGAGUGAAAGAGAAUUGAUAGUGGGGUUUUCGAAAUGCACGAUACGAGUUGGUGUGAAUCAAUCGAAUGAAUUAAACAUGAGAUUAUCAUAAGUAAACAAGAUUGUUUAACAAAAACAAAACUUUUAUGUUUAUUGAUAACAGUGAUGUAGAAAAUUUGUGCACUUUUUU